GCACAUCAUCGCAGAGGCAUCAACAUUGAAGAUCGUGUAAUUGGCUCUGUAGUAUCAUCUGACGGCACGCCACAGGGCUGGAACCGUAUCCUGCCCUUUCUAGCCUUCCAUUCAACUUCUAGCGCGUUACGUGUGCGCUACAGCCCCAGAGCUGCAGCUGUUCCGUCUUAUACCACUCUUGUGCAGAAUGGGCAGCCCUCAGCCCCAGCCCGCCCCUCGGCCGCAUGCUCAACAAUGGCGGGGUCUGGAGAACAGAAGUUGAUAAGGAAUAUAUCAGAACCGUUUCUCCUUAGGAAAUAUGCGCCGAUACAUUCAUACCAUAUAUAUUUGAGUUGGUAGAGCGACGUUGCUUUAUCGUUACACAACAUCCAGUUACCCUCGCAGGCCCAUUUGCAAUGUCUUUCCGCGACAAGUUCUCCUUGAAGGGCAGUAGCAAAGUUGGGACUGACAAUUACCAACCUGUUGAUCCCCCGCUGCCCGAAUAUUCGGGUCUGAUAUCUAACGGCAACGGCCAAGGCGCUCCACCUUCCUAUGAUCAGCAUGCGAGCCCGGCAAAUCCUCCCUCCUAUGCAGCAACGAAGAACGCAACCGGAGAAUUCGACAACGAGCUGGAUGCGAGCUUCAGCUCACUCACGAUCGCCCAAAAUGCCCCAGCUUUCCCCGAGGCAGAUCAGUGUCUUGCGCACCUCAAACUCCUCUCCUCGUUUCACGCAUUGAAGGAAGAUGUUGGAUAUACAGAUGGGAUAUUUGGUCUCUACGAUGCGAAGUGCGAGAUAGCGACAAAUAGAGAUGCUUCGCUUGCGAAGAUGCGCGAGAAGAGGUGGGCAUUAUAUGUUGCGAGGGCCGCAGAACGCUUCCAAGAUUGGUGGUUGAAAGUGCUGUGCGCUAUGGAGCCUAGUACUCGACUUGAAGGAAAGGACAUGUCUACUGGAGCGGCAAACUAUACGGAGUUUCCAAAUGCAGGUAGAGCUAGACAGUGGACACCAGAAAUGCUUCCACCCCUGGAUGUUUUAAUGGUAUGGCAUUCUUUCAUGCUGAACCCUCGAUCGUAUUUCGAGGACUGUAUAAGGUUUGGGUUGAAAGACCUAUGGGCGACUGGCAUGCCGUGGUCAGCAGUCAACGCAGCGAUCGAUGUGAGGUUCAGCUAUGCACCCCCAGAAGAAGCGAGGAGGAAUUUUGCUGUUUCUGGCCACGAAUGGGACAACCGAACGGACUCUAUGACCAAGACCCUCAGCUGUCCCAGAUGCUCCCAAGCAUUGGAAGUCCCAUGGACGACUUGCUGCUCCAGCGAGAAAGCAUCGCCUCGCGAACUAGAAGAGAUGAGCGGGUACGGGUAUGGAGACCGGAAUUUUGCGUAUGCUUGCCAGAAAUGCGGAGCUAUUGUUAGGCACGAAUCCCUCUAUGUUGCCAAGCUCAAAGGGGAUGUGGAGAAUGUCGUUCUCAAAGAUUGGCCUCUCGGGGGCACAAUCUUAUCUCCAGAGACAGGCGCUCCAAUUGACGCAAGCGUAUCCGAGCAAAACAUUACCUUUAACGCUUUCCCAAAUCGUCUGUUCCGCCUUCAUCUCAGAUCCCAGCUCUCGGACCUCAUCAAUACGGAGGCGCCAACCAUGGAGCAUGUCAAGGUUCUGAUUGAAAAGGCUAUCCUCGACAAGGCAGUCAUCAAAGGCGUCAAUGCCAAGAGUGUCUUCGAGAGCGGUGUCCCACAACGCCUUGAACGCUUUGCGACAAGGAAGAUGAUGACUCGAUAUUGGACCAAUCCCUCAAUAUUCUCGAUGGAGCUUGGUGGCGCUGUUGUGCGGCAGGGUGUCUUCGUCGACAAGAUGUAUUCAAUAGAUUGGAUCCACAGCCCUGCAGCUCGGGAGACCAUGAAACGAUUGCUGGGGAAAUACUCCCGCUUCAUGAGGCUCAUAACUGCGUAUCCGAUGCGUGUGGGGGUCCCAACGUUGGAUGUUGACCUCGCUUGGCAUACACACCAGCUGUCUCCGAGGUCCUAUUUUGCCUAUACCAUGUCCAAAGCCAAGAAGUUCAUCGAUCACGAUGAUAAGAUUGAGGAGGAUACUUGUAAGUCACGUCAGAAUUCUAUCAAACUCUACCUCUCGCGAAUGUCGAAGCUACUAUGAAGCAUAUACUGAUCUGUUCGCCCAGUAUCCAAACACUUCCAGUGGACAACCAGGACAUACGAGGCUGAGUUCGGUGAAUUAUACUCUGAGUGUACAUGUUGGUACUGCGAAGGUCAGUAUUUGUCCCAUAUCUUCUGCGCCUCUCUAACCAUAAGUCUAGCAAUUCGAGCGCAGUCACACACAGGCAAACUAUUUGGAGCAACGAAGCAGGAGAAAGCCCUGAACAAAUUCCACGAGUCUGGAGCAGCCAAAGGGCAAACACCCGACAAAGCAGCGCACAUAUCCGCUCACUCCAGCGUGAGCACAGUUGAGAAUCCAGUGCGCGCAAUGAUCGUUAGAGUCGCUCGUAAGCAACACGAUAGAGAACUGGAAGAGGCGUACAAGAAAGCCUGCAAGCGAGCCAAGGCAAAAGGUCGACCUGCGCCGGAACGAACCGAGUAUUAUCAGGGGCCGUGGGGAUAUCCCUUGCUCAUGUAUGGUCCGUAUAUGACGGUGGGGAUGAUGGGUGGGAUCUACUAUGCUGGAGAUCCUUGCGUUGGAGCUUUCGGAGCCGGAACACCUGGGAACUGUGCACUAGGUACUUGCGGGAUUGGUAUUAGCAAUGGGAAUUGUGGUGGUACCGCAUAUGGGUAUGCUUAUGGCGGUGGAGGAGGCAUUGGAGGUUGCGGUGGG